GCUCGGGGUGGCGCCAUGUUACGGGGCUGCGGGCGCGGCGUGGUGGCAGCGCUGCGGGGCGCGGCGGGGAGCCGCCGGGCGAGCGGGCAGGAGCAGGAGCAGGAACAGGGCCCCGGGCCGGGGCGGCCGCUGGAGCCGUCGCUGCUGCGCUUCUUGGUGUGCCCGCUCUCCAAGCGGCCGCUGAGGUACGAGGAAUCGACUAACGAGCUCAUUAACGAGGAGCUGGGCAUCGCGUACCCCGUCAUCGAUGGCAUCCCGAACAUGAUCCCGGAGGCAGCCCGGAAGACGCAGAAGCGGCCCCCGGCAGAGGGCUCGGAGCAGCCGUGA